CCAUUGUGCCAAGUGUGACGGUGGUACGGGCGACCGCUGCACAACAUGGACAUACACCGCUCCGUAUGCACUGCCGCCGUCGUGCUACUAUUAUUAUCAUUUUCCAGCUUCCCAAAGCCGUCCGCCGGCUCCGCCGCUAGAGCCGAGCUCGUCACGUGGAAGUGCGACAACGGCACGUACUACGGUGAGAACUCCACCUACCAGUCCAACGUCCGCAGCCUUCUUGCGUCCCUCGCCGCGAACGCCUCCCGCUCGUUAUUCCCGGUGGGAUUCGCCACCGCCGUCGUCGGCGCAAGCCCCGACAUGGUGUGGGGUCUGGGGCUCUGCCGCGGGGACACCACCAACGGCACCGAGUGCGCGUCCUCCUGCCUGGACCUCGCGCCGGAGGUCGCGUUCGGCAGGUGCAUGGGCGUCAAAGACGUGUCCAUCUUCUACGACCGCUGCACCGUCCGCUACUCUUUCCGGGACUUCCUCACCAGCCCGGACAACCGGCAGGUGCAGGUCUGGGGAGCCAGCGACGACUCCGUCGCCCCCCGAGACACCGGCCGGUUCGACGCGCUCGUAGCGAGCCUCGUCGGCGCGCUCUCCGACUGGGCGGCGUUCAACACGACGACCAGGUACGCCUCCGGGGUCAUGGUCUCCGACCAGGGCUUCCCGACCACCCCCAGCAAGGACUUGGUGCACAGGAUCAACGGCCUGGUGCAGUGCACACCGGACCAGGCGCCGGGCCGGUGCCGCGAGUGCCUCCAGGGGCUCAUCGACGAGAUGCCGGCGGUGUUCAACGGCAGCGUUGGAGGGCGGAUCCUCGCGGUAUGGUGCAACCUCAGGUUCGAGGUGCACGAGUUCUACGACGGCAGCCCCAUGCUGAAGCUCACCGCCCCGUAGCCAACGCCACCUACUUCUCCCGUUCCGUCCACACUCCACACUGCAGCAGUGCCAACCGUUAUGUAGGCAGUAGGACAAGGACCAACUAGAUAACAUGAUUGAUGAUCUUAUGGUGCUAGGACUCCCUCGUGCUUCACUCCCUAGUCAUUGAUCUCCUGCCUCUAAGGAGUCAUGUAUCGCCUUUUCUUUUGCUUUUGGGUGUGUUUGUGUUAUUGCCCAACAGAACUCUUUUUUACUUUCCUGCACUUGAACUACUUGUAUGGACGUGGUGGUUGCAAUAUUUAUCAAGUGGAGUGAAAGCCUA